UUUUCACAGACUGUCUUAACACAGGAGGAGGGUUCAAACUCCACCACUCUCCUUGCUCCUGUUGUCUCCUCCUAUUCCUUCAGUGAGUCGGAGGUGUGUUGGCAGCUUGAGUGGAACAGAAAGUCGGAGCUGCAACGAAGUGAGAGCAGCAGAGAGACGAGCUACACAGGUCACUCUUCAGUCUCGGUGUGAGUCAACAGCCUCAACAUGACCUCUGACCCCAGAAGCCUACAAGCUCCUGCACGAUCCAGGAGUCUCUUCAACAGCAUCAAGUUCUUUGUGUUUUGCCACAGUUUGCUGCAGCUGGCCCAGCUGUUGGUGUCAGGCUACAUGAAGAGCUCCAUCUCCACCAUCGAGAGGCGCUAUGGCCUAUCCAGCCAGAAGUCUGGGCUCCUGGCCUCCUUCAACGAGGUGGGAAACACCAUCCUCAUCAUCUUUGUGAGCUUCUUUGGGAGUCGAGUCCAUCGGCCACGGUACAUCGGAGCUGGAGCUCUGCUCGCUUGCCUGGCCUCUCUGCUGAUGGGGGUAACACACUUUAUGAGUGAACCGUACCACUACACAAAGAGCAUCUUUGCCUCCAAUGAAAAAAGUGCCAACCUCUGCCAAUCAGAAAGCUCAGUAACCACCUCAUCCUACAAUCAGACCUGCCUGAAACAGGAGACCCCCGCCCAGCAGGGGAUCUACCCCAUGCUGCUCCUGGGUCAGCUGCUGUUGGGCGUCGGAGCCGUCCCCAUCCAGCCCUUUGGCAUCUCCUACAUCGACGACUACGCCAGCAGAAGGAAUUCCCCGCUCUACCUUGGCAUCCUCCUUGCUAUGACCUCGAUCGGUCCGGCCUUCGGAUUCAUCACUGGGUCCCUCAUGCUGCGCUUCUAUGUUGACUUUGACAAGGUACCCAAAGAGGCGAUCGAGUUGGACACUAAAGACCUGCGCUGGGUGGGAGCAUGGUGGCUCGGCUUCCUGGUAGCCUCGUGUGUCCUCUUUCUCACUGCACUGCCUUACCUCUUCUUCCCCAGAAACAUGCCCAAAGAGGAAGAUCCAGACGAUAUUGAGUCCCAACCAGACAGUAAGGAGCAGCAGCAGCAGACAGACACACAACGGGAACCUACCCUCAUUCAGUUCCUCAAAAGUUUUCCUAAAAUCGCUCUGCGAACGCUGCGAAAUCCCAUCUACCUGCUGGUGGUUCUGGCUCUGGUGAACUUGUCAGCUCUGCUGUCUGGCCUCGCCACCUUUAUGGCCAAGUUCAUUGAGAAACAGUUCAGCCAGAGUGCCUCUUUCUCCACCAUGAUGAUAGGAGGAGUCGGGAUCCCAAUGGCGGUACUGGGGACCGUCCUGGGUGGAGCUCUGAUGCGACGGUUCAGUCUUUCAGUCAGUGGUGCCAGCAAAUUGUGCACAAUAGCCAUUCUUCUCUGCAUGCUAACCGCCCUACCAAUGCUGUUCAUCGGCUGUCCCACACAGAACAUUGCUGAGGUCUCUAACAACAGCUAUGAUUUGUUUCAGUGCAGUUCUAGCUGUCACUGUUCUGAGGAGGCGUUUAACCCGGUCUGUGGUUCAGACGGCAUGGAGUUCAAGUCUCCUUGCCAUGCUGGCUGUCAAUCUGUAGAAACAGACAACUUCAGCAAAGUCGUGAACUACAGUGAGUGCCGGUGUGUCGGUGGCCUCGGCUUCGCCCUACCUCGGAGCUGCGGCAGUGGGUGUGAGCAUCUCCUCCUACCCUUUGUGGUCCUGCUGGGUCUCACUGCCUUCAUCGCCGCCUUUUCCCAAACACCAUCAUGCAUGAUGAUACUCAGGGAGGUGCCUCCGGAGGAUAAGUCUUUUGCAGUGGGAGUUCAGUACAUGCUGUUCAGAGUCCUCGCAUUCAUGCCCGGUCCGGUGUUGUAUGGUAGUGUCAUCGACACCACCUGCAUCUUAUGGGGCAAGAAAUGUGGCAAGCAGACUUCCUGUCAAUACUACGACCUAGAGCGCUUCAGAAACAGGUUUCUGGGACUGCAGGUGGUCUUUGUGUGUGGGGCGUUGCUCUGCUACCUCCUGACAAUCGUUGUCCUGCGGAAAAGAGACAGGUAUCAAGAAAGGGAUUACCAGAUGGUGAACCAGAAAAUAUCAGAGAAUGCCAAAGAAAAAGAACUGAUGACAUGAAGAGGAUUCUGAGAAAACACUUUUCAUGGAGACUGCAUAGGUAGCUUUUUUCUAUGCUGGUUGAAAGGACCCUGCCACUAAGCAGCAAAUUACUCGGUCUGGUGAAUGCUUCACUUAUAACGGAGCAAUGUGCCUGCAUUAUAAGGCAAAAAGAUUUUUUUUUUAUCACUGUUUUGUUUAUACAUCAUGGCUAACAUUUCAGAAUGGUUUUCUUGUUUUUAUAUCGAACUUCUUAAUGUGACUGACAGCAUGUACUUUACAUUACACUUAUACAUUGUGACUAUCCAACUUUAGUGUUUUGGCUUCCCUCAUGUUGGGUUUUUGUAGCCAGAAGUGAGGAUAAACAUAAUAUAUGCAAUCAUAUACUUAAGCACAUCUAUAUAUAUAUAGUAUAAGGUAAAUGAUCAAAAAUAUGAUGUCUUGCUAUUGAAAUUUAGUUAAAGUAACACUUGCCUGGCUUGAAAAUAAGGAAAAAAUAUCACUUUGUAGGCAGACACAUGAGUUGCUAUUGGCAACGUGUAAUGAUAGGACUACACUGUGGGACACCACUGUACCAAAUUCCACUUCUUCUGCAUGUAUAAUAUUUCCUGUUUUGAUGUCUAUAUGCACUCUCAUAUAUAAAUUAUGCGGAAGAUUGUGCUGCAGAAUUACAAAUCAGUCGCUUUUCAACUGCUUCUGUAAUUACAGAGUCAGCCAGACUCAAGUGUCCAUUAGAGAAAUUGAAAUGAAGCCAGCAAUGAAAUGCAAAAAAACUGGGCACUUCAACUGUGGCCUUAUUUUCCAGCAUCUGAGAAUGGACCUUGGUUUAAACACAGAAACAAAGGAACAAACACUUCUCAGCAUAAUAACAUUGAGCUAACAAUUUAAGAUGAGCUCAUGUCCUUUAAAUGCAAACACAGACAUCUAAAUUCACAUUUCACAACCAUCAAGGUCUGUGGAAAAAAAGGUUUAUCUUCUUUAUUGAAUAAUCAGUAAGAUGGCUUAUCUAAUCAAACCCAUAAAUGUUUACCAAUAUCUCAAAGAACUUUUAGUUCCAAGCAGAAAUUGUCCAUGUUAGCAUAAAGUCAGACAGGAAGCUCAUAAUCUGUAGUUUUAGUUAUAGCAAGGCUGCAGUGCGGAAUGAAGAUCAUCUGGAUUUAGUCAGCGUCCUUUCACUAAGAGAAAGAAUUUUCACGUUAAUGUACACAUUAUUGUGAACAUCAGUUUCCAGUUUCUUCACGUGUCACUGCUUAACAAACACUUAGCGAGUAGCUGCAGAGUGUUUGCAAACAAGUCGGCACCUUUCAUACAAACUUCAUACAACCCUUGCUACUGCAAGGAACGUUGUACUACAGCACACUAUACCUGUUUGUGAAAAAUUUCACUGACUGCUAGCAAACUCCAGCAAUGAAUCACAACCAACCGGUGGUUGCCAGGCAGUCUUUAGGCCUGUGGGACUGGGGUGAAGUAAGUUACUGACACCCUCAGGUGCUGCGUAAAAAUACUCACAUUGUAAAAGUGGACCUUUGCAGUAUAUGUGCAUGAGCCUGAUAUACAAAAAAAUUGUCUCACUAAACAUACUUUAUUUAACCAUUAAGAACAGCCUUGGUUAGAGUAGUGGCUUACAAAAAGCAAAGGCAUAAAAAGGAACAUUAAACAUUAAAAGAACAGCAGACUUCCAAAAACAUGUCAGUAGGCCCAUUGGUAAAACGGUGCCUCUGGUGGUGGAAGGCUUAGUUACAUUUUUCAGAUGUAAUUAUGAAAAGUACCUUUAAAUUUGGCAAACUCUCUAAUAAUGAGCUCAGUGUACUUACAGUGAUCCCUGUGACCCCAACGUUCAGGCUGCAGACUGCUCUAAAUAUUCACUUUAUCACAGUUUUUUCUACUUUUUCUACUUUUGGAUCUAUGAGACAUCGCCAAGAGGCAAUAUCCCUAAUAUGGUCCGCCUACCUGCUAGUCAAACUUUCUGUUUACAAGGAGCAUUUGAAGCUGUCUUAAAGGUGGAAGAGCUAAAACAGCUCAGUAAGGUGGCUACACAACAACCUAGUAUGAAACAAAGUUUAUUUUGAACUGUGAAUCAUGCACACAAUUACAAAUACAGUUGUUACCUCUGAUAGAUCAAUGUGAUUGUUGUCUUAAAGACAAUAUAUCUGCAAAAGCAUCGCUAUAGGAAGAAGUUUCAGAUGUGAAAAAAUGUGGUCAUUAUAUCAUUUCCUGCACAUCGGUUAAAUUACUUCCAGCACAGAUUCCUUUAAAUCACAUGUUCACUUUCACAUUUAAAUACGUAAACAGAAAUCUUAUUUCAACAUUACACUAAUGAGGAAGCUUCAGCUUUCAUCACUGACCUCCUGCUGAAUAUUUUUAGUGUGCCAUCAUUUUUACUGGAAAUAAAAUGAGAGAGAAACGUCCCUCUGUAAAGUGAAUAUAUUUGUGCUGUGAUCUUGAAGAGAGCGAGCAGCUAGGCCAGCUUGUAUCAGACAGAGGGUGGACUGAGGGCUGAACCAGAGCCCAGUAUGAGACGAAUAACAAUUAUUGUCAACUGUGAACCAUGCAAAGCUACUCUAGUAGAGCUCAAGAAUAAAAAAAAUAUGGAGUUAUAUUGAGCAGAAAAGGUUUUCUAUAUGGGGGAACUAGAACUUUACCAGAACACUGUGACGGGAUUCUGGAGUCACGAAAAGACUUCAAAGAGAUUAAAGAAGAAAAAACUAAAGACAGAGGGAUGGCAAACAAACAGAAAGUACAAAAAGGCGCCACGACACUAUUUUUAUAUGAAAAUGUUUGUAAGAAUGUUUUUAACAUGUGAAUUCAUGAGUUUUAUUCUUCUGGCACAAACGGAUCCUGUGGAACAUUUUCCGAGUUUUGAUGAAUUUAAUCCAGUGAGAUGUUUUCAGUGUUUCGUCAUUUUUUUAUAAACUGUUUUCUACAAGUUUGAUAAAAUUAUAUUGUGCUGAAUGUUUCAGUGUUUGUAUGAUAACCUUUCAUACUCAGAACGUUAUUCUGUAAAUAUUUCUAUCCAAUUGAACAGUGCAUAAAGGACACUGGCUUUAUAAAAAAUAUAUGAAAUAUAUAUCAUUUUCGAAUAAAGUGGAGCAGUAUAACUAAAAUACCAAUUGAAAUGCGAUGGAAAAAAAUGGUAAUUUUCUUUUGUAUUUUUUUGUAUUUUUCAAAUUAAUUGACACAUUUAAUGUUGAACAAUUUCUUGCUUGCUCAACUUAUAAAGUGUUUAUUUUUCCACAUGAUUUGUGGACAUGUCUACAUUGUUUACUGCUUUUUUUAUGUAAAAGAUAAAUUGUCAAAUAAAAAGCAACUUGGUUUUUCUGACCAUUUA